CGUAACACGUACUCAGUGACUGUAAUAUAUUAAUACUACAGAAUAAUGUUUAUAAGAAAUCUGUGUAUAUCAAAGUGAUUUUGUGAAUCUGGAUUUUUUUUUCGAUGUACAAACUGCAAAGCAAUUUUGCUUUGUGCGUAUAAUAACUGAAUAUCAAACGAUUUGGAUUUUUCCAUAAUCAGCAAUUCCCCAAGAAAAUUAUUCACAGAUUAAAAAAAAUGGAGACUGGGGGAUACAGAUAUAUGUAUAUGGACCCAGCAUACAGACAUUUAGUGAAAUUACGGGGCAUGGCGAAAAGUGAAAAGGUUUCAUCUGAACUAACAGCGGAGAUCGAUAAGAUUAUCCAAUUAUCAGAGGCACGCAUGGACUAUUGUGAAAACCAUACUUCAACAGCAAGCGAGGAGCUUCAGUAUUUAAUGGACAGCACACAAUGCCAUCCCUGGAAAAAAGCUUACCAGGAUGGACAGCUGACCUACCAUCCCAAUACAAUAAUGCUUUCUGGAAAUAUAGAAGGUCAGUUUUUAAAAUCGCUUGUGAGCAUUGGGAACGUUAGUCGGGUUCUGGAGCUGGGACUUUUUACCGGAUGCUCAGCCUUGGCAUUUGCAGAAGCACUUCCAGAUGGUGGGAAAGUUGUGUCCUGCGAAAUGGAACCAUACAUAGCAGAACUUGCAAGAUCACUAUUGGAAAAAUCAUCUGUUGGAAAGAAAGUUGAUAUUAUGCUUGGUCCUGCGAAAGAUUCUUUGAAGAAACUCUCUGACAAAAAGAUGGAAUUUGAUUUGAUUUUUAUAGAUGCUGACAAAUCAAACUACAGUACAUAUUACAAGAUGAUUUUUGAAUACGGGCUUCUGGCUAAAAAUGGAACCAUACUAGUGGACAAUGCUCUUUUCUUUGGGGAUCCUUACUCGAACGAGGACUACAUGGGGAGAGACCAUGGUAUUGGUCAGUUUAAUGAAAUGGUCAAACAGGAUGAUAGAGUCCACCAGGUUUUGUUGCCCAUACGAGACGGACUUCUGCUAAUCAGGAGGAAGGAGGACAUGCAAACACCAGGAGGACACGAUCAGGAGGAUAAAGGCACCAGAAGGAGGGGAACACAGACAGACAAACACGAAACACCAGCAAAGAUCGCUUCAUAAUGUGGAUGGUUAUUUACCUUCACUGGAUAUUAUGACCAAAAUAUAACCAUAAGCUGGGCUCAGCUGCUAAUCUUAUCAUCAGUAUACUACAACUGUUACUAUUAUACACGUAAUACAGAAUUGUUUUGCUACUUAUCUCUUCACGAGAUUUUUUUGAACAAUUUUUUUUGUUAUUCAUACGUUUAAUCGCUUGAAAGUCUACUUAAUUGUUACUCAAAAGUGUAUUGCUCAGGGUCUGGUAAUGAAACGACAACUUUUAAUAAAACAAAAAAUGUGUGACAAAAUCCUUUUUCUAUAAAAAGCUCUAUUGUGAUAUUUUCCUGUACAAUCUGUAAUAAAGAAAUGUAAACAUAA